AUGGCCGCCUUCGACCUCUGGACUCACGAGUUCUGCCUCGGCUGCGACAAGCAGACCGAUGGUACUGCCUACUGCUCCGAAUCCUGCCGCCUCGCCGACUUCGAGAAGACAUCUUCACCCAGCUCAGUUGCCAGCUCGCCCGGCUUGAACACCCCUUCCUACCAUUGGACUUCUUCAAGGCAACAGUCCAACAACUUUUACCUCUCGCCCGCCUACGACUUCACCAACGCUCAACCCUACGGCAGCACCCCCUCCAGACAAUCCUACCUCUCGUCUUCGAGGGCACCCAUCACCACUCGCCGCAUCCUGACCACUUCGAGCUCCAACUCCAGCCUGUGCUCGAUGCAGAGCACAACAUCAUCCAACACCGAUGGCAGCCAGCUUUCAGAGAAGGCCAAGAGGGAGCUCCAAGCCUACGCCGUGUCUUUUGAUCAAGCGAGACUCCAGCGUCGGCGAUCCGCCUAA